ACUGUCUUCUGAAGAUUGAUGUCUAUUUCCUUGAGCUCUUUAAUUUUGUGCCCAAUUUGGAUAAGCAUGGCACAAAUCCAGCAGGGAGGUCCAGAUGAAAAAGAAAAGACUACAGCACUGAAAGAUUUAUUGUCUAGGAUAGAUUUGGAUGAACUAAUGAAAAAAGAUGAACCACCUCUUGAUUUUCCUGAUACCCUGGAAGGAUUUGAGUAUGCUUUUAAUGAAAAGGGACAGUUAAGACACAUAAAAACUGGGGAACCAUUUGUUUUUAACUACCGAGAAGACUUGCACAGAUGGAAUCAGAAAAGAUACGAAGCUCUAGGAGAGAUCAUCACAAAGUAUGUAUAUGAGCUUCUGGAAAAGGACUGUAAUUUGAAAAAAAUAUCUAUACCAGUAGAUGCCUCUGAGAGUGAACCAAAGAGUUUUAUCUUUAUGAGUGAGGAUGCUUUGACAAAUCCACAGAAACUGAUGGUUUUAAUUCAUGGUAGUGGUGUUGUCAGGGCAGGUCAGUGGGCUAGAAGGCUUAUUAUAAAUGAAGAUCUGGACAGUGGCACACAGAUACCAUUUAUUAAGAGAGCUAUGGAUGAAGGAUAUGGAGUAAUAGUUUUGAAUCCCAAUGAAAACUAUAUUGAAGUAGAAAAGCCGAAGAUACAUGUACAGUCAUCUUCUGAUAGUUCAGAUGAACCAGCAGAAAAACGGGAAAGAAAAGAUAAAGUCUCUAAAGAAACAAAGAAGCGACGUGAUUUCUAUGAGAAGUAUCGUAACCCUCAAAGAGAAAAAGAAAUGAUGCAGUUGUAUAUCAGAGACAAUGGUUCUCCUGAAGAACAUGCGAUCUAUGUGUGGGACCAUUUCAUAGCCCAGUCGGCAGCUGAGAAUGUAUUUUUUGUUGCUCACAGCUAUGGAGGACUUGCUUUUGUUGAACUAAUGAUUCAACGAGAAGCAGAUGUGAAAAGCAAGGUAACUGCUGUGGCACUGACAGACUCUGUUCACAAUGUGUGGCAUCAAGAAGCUGGCAAAACCAUUCGAGAGUGGAUGAGAGAGAACUGCUGUAAUUGGGUCUCUAGCUCAGAACCAUUAGACACUUCAGUGGAGUCCAUGCUGCCUGACUGCCCCCGAGUCUCUGCAGGCACCGACCGUCACGAGCUCACUUCCUGGAAGAGCUUCCCGUCUAUUUUCAAAUUCUUUGCCGAAGCCUCUGAGGCCAAGAGCAGCUCCCUGAAGCCGGCGCUGGCGCGGCGCUCGCACCGCAUCAAGCACGAAGAGCUGUAAGAGCAGCGCGAGCGCGACGGGGCGGGACGCCGGGACGCACACUCGAGCCUGCACCGCCGGCCCCUCGCCGCUCGUCGCCAGCGAGCAGACGCCCAGCCCCUCAUUAGAUUGUUUUCUUCCCAGAGCACAGGGUCGUGAUAUAUACAUCUAAAUAGCGUUUUGCAUUAUUUCUAGAUGAGUGCAACUGUCAAAGCAAUAUGGGUUCACCGGUCUGCUUCCUGCGGGCCGAGCUCGGCUUCGCGCUGCCUCCCCGCCCCGGCCAGGCCCCCCUUAAUCACGUUUAUUUUUUUCCCCUCUCCCAGCAGAAGCAAACUUUUAUUCUAGACUUCAAACUUCCCUUUUCAGUAGGUUUUUCACUGAGGGCGUCUUAGGCCUCCUUUUUUAAGGAAGUUGCCCCCUCACACCCAGAAAAGCCAAAUUUAAAUUCAGAGCAUGAAUGCCAUGAUGUAUUGUAGUUUGGGGAGCGCAAAUGGUUCUCUCCCUAACGAUCUAUUUUCAUUUCCAGACCAGAAGAAAAACUUUGCAUAAAAAAAUCUAUGAAGUACUGAAUGCACAUUACCGCUGAAAAUCUUUGCCAGUUGAAUAUGACAUUUUUUACACAAGUCUCUAAAACAUAACGUGGAACAAAUCUUUAAGUACAUGUGUGAAGGCCCCCUUUUCAAUGGAAUUUCCAACUUUAUCAUUAGAAUUGACUUUACUUUUUAAAAUAUAAUGUAUAUUGAGUGGCAUUGUAAUUUAGAUAGCAUACUUAAAUUUUGCUUUUUUAAUCUUAAUGUGGGUAAAGUUUGUUAAUCCUGACUAGAAUGAUCUAUUCUGAUCUUUCAUGGAGUUAGACCCUUUUAGGGACAGAAUUUUUAUCGUCAUCGGGAAAAUGUACCCGUGUACUCUUGAGCCUUUCCUUCUGGAAGGCUAAGUGGGCUAAAAUGAUUCUUUUAGUUUUCUGCUCCAACAGAAAGGGAAAGACCUGCUGUGAAAGAUUUUUCUCCUCUCAAUCCAGUGAUACAACUUUUAGCAGUCCACUUCCUCUGUAGGGUUGUGCCCUACACUUUCAGCUAUUAACUAUUUUAAUCCAGCUAAGAUCUGGCCAACACUGUGAAAUAUAAGAGGUAAAAUAAGUUAAGAUUUUGCUGACUUUUACAUCAAAUAUUAAAUCUUAACAUUAUCAUUUUAAUUACUUGAAGAAUUUAAUUACCUAGUGAGGAUUCUGUUUCUAAUAGAUGAGGAUCUGAAUUUAAUCUUCAUUUGUUUGUGAAGUAUAUGCAACAAUAUGACCGCCUUACUUGAGGACAUGAUAAAAUGUACCCAAAAUGACUUAGAAUUGUCUGCCUCCUCAGAAAAAAAAUAACUUAAAAUAACCACCUCAUGAGUCAAAUGUUUUUAUAUUAUGAACUGAUUUCAGCAACGUUUUAAAAUUGAUAACAUCUUUGGUAUACAAAUAUAGUUACUAGUUCAUGUAGUUUUAAGAAUGGCAAAUUAAAGUGAUAUUUUUCAAUGAUCAUAUAUGCAUAUACUUUCCGAGUUAUUUUAGAAACAACAUAGGAAAAAUCAAAACAUCAUAUUAUCUAGCUUCUGGAUAAGUUAAAAUGUGUAACCCCAACAAUGCCAAGCCCUUCGGUCUGCAGUCUUUUCUAUUCUAGAAGUAAUGGUGAACUGUAUGAAAGAGGUAACUUCCAUUGAGAGGAUUUGAGAAUUGAUGUAGAUUGAAUAUAUUUUUCAAAGUGUUAUAAACUGUGUUUCCAAAACAUGAAAAUAUUCACGGGAAACUAAUUCUGUUGCCUUUUUUUUAAAAUCAGCACUUAUGAGAUGCUAAAUUUGUGAUGCUUCUGCAGCUGAAUUAGAGCAAAGUAAAUAUGCUCAGCUUAUAAACCAAAUCACUCCUGUUUCUUAGAUUUUCUCACCUCUCUUCUUAAAAAACCGUUACUUUUAACUAGAGUAAAUCACUGUUAAAUUGCCUUUAAUAGUUUAAAACUACCGGGUUGUUAGGCCUUAUUUAACUAUCUAUAGAGCUAUUUGCAAUCUUAAGCUGUGUAAAUGUAAUUUCUACCUGUGAAUCUGAGCUGUGGCCACCGGAAGAGAGCUAGGCAAACCAUCCCAGACCUCCAACUGAUAACUGAGAAGAUUCUUUGCAAUGUAGGCUUUCUUAACCUGUUGAUUAUAGGUCUGUUGGUAUAAAUGUAAUAAUAUCUUCACCACAAUUUUGCUGGAGUAACAAUGAUCAGUUGGUAGCAGCUCUUCUGCUUCAAGGCGACAAGUGUUAAUAUUUUUGCUCUGAUCUCCCCAAUUUGGUUUCUUUAGACAGGGUUUGUUUUGUGUUUUUUUGGAGAGUAGAGGUUUACAUUUAGGAUGUGGAUUUUCUUUUUAAUUAUAUACUCGGUUCUUACAGCAAGUGGAAUGGGGAGCAGAGUUGUUGAUAAAUCUGAGAUUCAAAAUCAUCCUGUUAAAACUUAAAAAGCUAGAUAUUGCAAUGCUUUGGAACUUUCUAAAGGUACCUAACCAGGCAGCCAUUAAAAGUUUUUAUGAUAUUUGAAGGGGACGGGGGGAGUCUACUUGUAAUAAUUGUAUUUUUCUCAAGUUUCCACCUUGUGCUUCAACCUGGAUUACAUUAUUGUGUAUACCAAAAGUAAAGCACAGGAGUUUCCUAUAUAUUAUAUAUUUCUGUUUGCCAUUUUAAAAUAAAAACAAUUUUCCCAA